AUGAUGUUGGUGCCAGCCAGUAAGGUAAUUCGUGGUGGAGCGUUGGGAAUGCUAAAGGAAGCCGUCGUAGGACGAACCAGACGCGGAGCAGAAAACCAAAUCAUUGAGAAAAUCAUCGAUUUGAGUUCGUUCGACAACGAAGAGGAUAUCGUCGCGGGCAUGGCACCUGAGUACAUCACAAGUGAACAGCAUAAUGUAUAUGCCGGCUACAGAGUCUGA